AUGGAAGUGAUAGUUCGUGGUAAGUGCAAUUUUAAUACAUUUCAGGUUUGACGUGUAUAAGGGCCCGUUUACACUUGCAAUUAUUUCUGCGAUUUCUAGUGCGACUUUCUCUUUCUGUGUAUGUGAAUGAGUAGAUAAGUUAUGAAUGUUCUGAGUGACCUGAGCAUACUUCGUGCCUUUAUCUGAACAUUGUGAACUCAUCGAUCAGAAGAAGAAAAUCACAGCAAGAAUUGCAAGUUUAAAUGAACCUUUAGAGUCAACAGUAAGUUUGUUGUAGUAAGUAUAAGACUUCAGAUGUGCACAACUCGAGUAUAAUGAGUUACCUUCAGAUGUGACUUGGGAACGACAGCGUUCAUACGGCCUACUUUAUUCGCUGAACUUAUUUAAAGACAUUUUUAAUUGAGAACAUUCAAUAAUUUAAUUAGACAUGUACAAGUAUAUGCCGUCGGAAUCAGUCUCUAUAGGCUCGUAGUACAGCAAAACCCUCUUGUUGUUCUUCGCUUCUCGUCGUGCCAAAUUCAUUUGCCGGAAUUUAUAAUUCAGACGUACUGAUCUUUCCACAUUUUAUGUUCACACGAGGUAAGUUUCGAUGUCAAACCUAAUUGACGCAAAAUCACCAAAGAUUUUAGCCAAGUGUUGAAAUGAGGCCAACUACUAUAGAGUUGUACCCUUUGUCCACAUAUUAGACCCGGUUAGAGGUGAGGUCGGAACGACGAGAGUGGGUGGUUAUUUGCUUAAUAUAACUGGAUUGGCUCAUACUAAAACCCUGAAAGGCCUUGCUAUACCGUAAACCUCCGAAUAUAAGGAGGUGCUUAUAUUCGGAAUGGCCUGAGCGUUAGCGAAUGUGGUUGGUUUAUACACCAGGGGGGGGGGGGCUUAUAUUCGGGUGGACUUAUAAUUGAUAUAAAGAAAAAUUGAUUUGACAUUUGUCUUUAACAAAAACAUUUUCUUCUGCUUAGACCAGGCAAGACGUCGUCAAUUUUGGUGGCCAAGGGAGUUUGAACAAACUAUGAAAUUACCAUUAUCAAAAAGCGGAAGGUAUACACAAUCUAAAGACAUCUAUGGUGCAGUUAGUACCACGCACGAUGCCAUGUCGUACCCUAAAACACGAUUAUGUCACAUGGUCAUUUGAAGGAGUGCUUUAUAUUGGAAAUUGAGUUAGCCGAACACAGUAUAGGGCAGCUUAAAAGAGAGGGGGCUCAAUAAAUUGAUUUCUUUGUUUGAAAGGAGGGUAUACCAUAUAUGUAUAAAGAGAGAAAUUAUUUUCAGGAUUUAUCUCACCAGUGAAUAUAUGUAUGAUCUGCAUGCAAUAUGUUUUCCCGCUUCAAGCGUCAUAGUUCUUUACAUAAAUUUCAUAAUUUGCAACUACAAAAACCCUCCAACAAUAAGUAUAUACCUGUAAUCUGUAUCUGAAAGUGUUAAUGUUAAUUUAGACGUCGACGAUUAUUUUGUCGAAAUGGUGUAUAUCUUCGUGUUACUGCAGAUAAACGUGUGGCUGGCACAACCAAUCCAUUUGAUCCAACAGGUAGGAAACGUCAUACAGCUGAGAUCCCUUUAAACGUGCUUACGUCACGUAAUUUUUAAUACAGGGGACUUAUGGAAUGCGCAGUGCAUUGUGGGACUAAAAUAAAGUAUUUUAUUUCCACUAGUCGUAUUCGACAUUAUACCAGCUGGACCAAACUGUGUAAAAAUACAAAAUGUCAAAAGUGGAUUGUAUAUUGCCAUUGAUCAAAAUGGGGAUAUUAUGACCAAGGUACAGGAUAAUUUUUUAGGGGGGAAGUCGCCGAAAAAAUUGCGGAAAAAUUUUUUUCCUCCGAAAUUUUUUUGGCGACGGGGGUGGGGGGGGGUCGCCGAAAAAAUUUAGCCCCCCCAGAACAAAAUCUGUUCCGCCGCCCCUGCUGCACAAUAUAUUAAUAAACGUAAACAGCUUUUCAUGUUUGCCUGUUUCAGCAUGAUAUUUAUUUUAUUCUUAUAGUCACAUGCUGACAUCGAGUGUGUAUUUGAAGAGACGAACAACAACAAUUUUUAUGAUAUCUACAAACGACCAAGAAACGUAGGACCUCCGUUUGUGUUAGGUCUUCGAAAGGAUGGUGAAGCCGAGUCUACUCUGUAUCGAGGCAAGAAACAAGCUAAAUUUAGUGAAUUUUGUUUCAUUACUCAACUUAUCUAUAAUCAUGCUUAUUCUGCAGAGAGAGCACAAAAAAUCAGUACAGAAGUUCCGUCUUCUGAUCAAACUGAUAGUCAUCAUAUUUAUAGCACGACAAGAAAAUGCGUGGUUGCCAGGGUAACAAGACAGGAACCUGUACAGACACGUAAACUACGAGCAGCACAUUAUUAUACUAAGAAACAAUAA